AUGAAUGCGGCGAACACCCUCGCCACGAAUAUUGAGAGCAUAUUUAACCCCUACGACGGCGAGGACGAGAACGAGGACGAGGUUUCGUGUAGGGAGGCCGCGGGGUCCUCCUUGUCCGACAACUCUUCCAAUUUGAUCGACGCCCAGGCGAAGGUGGCGUCGCUUGAGCAGGUCGUUCGUGAUCUGCAGGAGGCGCUUCGCCAGGAGCGCGAACGGGUGCUGGAGCUCACGCGGAUUUUAGAAAGUCAUCAAAUCGAGCUGCCGUCUUUUGCGGCGCAUUCGGCUGCGGGGAUGACCAUCGAGGGUUCUCAUCCCGCCCCGCGUGAACCAGCGCCGUCGAAGCCUAUAAAGCAGGCGAGCGGUGAACCUUUGCGACUCGAUCAAGCUACAAACGAGAAUGUGCCCUAUUCAAGUUGUAAAAUGGAUUCCAAUUCCGAGGUAUCCGAGGGUGGGUGGGAGCAAAUCAUUCAGUAG